UUCUUCCCUCCGUCUGAUCAUCUAGCCGAUAUGCGAGAAGCAAUGCAAAAUCUUGUCGAGACGGUUGUAACCAGUGAGGAUUGUCUGGACGACCUUCACAUAGCAGGCCGUAUGGCGGCGGCUGUGUGCGAGUUAUGUCAUGCUCUUUUUGCCAUUCGGCUUGCUCCCGUCUUUACAGAUGAAGGAUAUAUGAAUUCCGAGUAA